AUGAACCUCUCUUCACAAGAGUUACGGAAAGUAGGAGCUCCUGGGAAACGGCGCCGCAAUCGCGCAGCUUUAGGGAAAGAGUAUGCCAAGGGAGACAGCCGAUACAUCAUUAAUGACACCUUCAUCAUCUUUAUGGAGACUAUCACAGCUUGCCUGUGGGGACCACUCAGCCUGUGGGUGGUGAUUGCCUUUCUCCGCCAGCAACCUCUCCGCUUUGUCCUACAGCUCGUGGUCUCUGCAGGCCAGAUAUACGGGGAUGUGCUGUACUUCCUGACGGAGCACCACAACGGGUUCCAGCAUGGGGAGCUGGGUCACCCCAUAUAUUUCUGGUUUUACUUUGUCUUCAUGAAUGGCUUAUGGCUGGUGCUGCCCGGAGUCCUCGUGUUUGAUUCCAUAAAGCAGCUCACUCAUGCCCAGAGCAUGUUGGACACCAAGGUCAUGAAGACCAAGAGCAAGAAUAACUAAGGAGCAGUGGAGUGGGUUGGAAUGCUGCUGAUUAGGCACUCUCCGCCGGCCAGAAGAGUCUAAUCCUGUUUCCACAGGUUGGAGGGUCAAAGCUAACUGAUCUGUCACACUCAGGUUAAUGAGUGGGCACAUAAAACAUCCAGGGACAGGAAAGGUAUGGGAUAUAUGGAGCUAUUGCCAGGAACCAUUGGGGGAAAGAUAGAAGAGAAGGCAGGAGGUCUGUGAUGGUGGCAGUUUUCAAAAAAUAGGAAAUAAAAUAUGUUAACUCUUAAA